UUUGAUUUUUUCCCUCUUCGAUUAGAUUGCAGGCGCUGCUGCCAUUUCUGUUCAAUUGGGUUUUGGAUUUAUGCUCUGCUGUGAUCACAGCCAUUUUGUGUUGUGGGUUUGUUUUUGUGGUGCUGAGCUUAGGAAUUAAUUGAUUCAUAUACAGUGAACUAACUUAGUAUAUUGUUUGCAGUUAGGGCUGUUCUUGUGAUGAAUUUAAUCGAAGAUCAUGAGCGUAGAGUAGUAGGAAGAUCAAUUCAUCAACAUAUUGUUGUAGUGCUCUAUUUUUUUCUCCUUACAAAAAUCACUGGUGUGAAUUGACAUAUAUCUCAAGAUAUCGUAUACUCAAGAUGCUUACAUAUGAGCAAGAUCCUGAUGUUGUUCGUUGGGGACUUCAGCUUUUUGACGGAGACCCUUAUGCUAAUUCUGGAUAUUGCAGUUCGAUGGUCCAGCAUAACACAGACUGUUAUCCUGCACAGUACUUAAAAGGAUAUCAGUAUGAUCCAAACUACAGCUAUAUGGGAAAUCAUGAUGUUUCUAUCAAUUGUCUUCAAGAAGGAUUGUCGCAACUUUCUGUAACGGAACCAAUCAAACCUUCUUUCCAAGAGGGGGCGGAAUAUCUACAGACUUCAUUUUGUUCUCAGGAUUGGUUUCCACAAUCGCUAGGAAGCUUUGAUUAUGUUAGAGAAGCUGAUAAUCAACAUGAAGAGGAAACUGAUGUGGGAAUUUCAGCUUCAUGUUCCAGCACAGGAGAUGAAUCAUAUACUGGGGAGGAAUGGUCAUACUUUCUAGAACUAAGGGAUGAACAUGCUUUGGAUGGUGAAGUGGGCAAAAGGCUGAACCAGAUGGUUCCUGUUCCUCAUAUUCCAAAAAUCAACGGUGAAAUACCAUCCAUAGAUGAAGCAACUUUAGAUCAUCAAAGACUUCUGGACAGAUUGCAGGUGUAUGAGCUGAUUGAAUUUAAGGUACAAGGUGAUGGUAACUGUCAGUUUCGAGCUCUGUCAGACCAAUUUUACCGUACUCCCGAGCAUCACAAAUUUGUCAGACAGCAAGUUGUAAAUCAGCUUAGGUCUUUUCCAGAGAUGUACGAGGGUUACGUACCAAUGGUUUACGAACACUAUUUGACAAAGAUGUCCAAGAGUGGAGAAUGGGGAGAUCAUGUAACCUUGCAAGCUGCUGCUGAUUCAUAUGGUGUAAAGAUAUUUGUCAUAACAUCAUUUAAGGACACAUGCUACAUUGAGAUUGUGCCAAGCGUUCAAAAAUCUGAACGAGUUAUUUCGCUGAGCUUCUGGGCAGAAGUUCAUUACAACUCUAUAUAUCCUCAAGGAGAGUGUCCAACCUUUCGGACAAAGAAGAAGAAGAGAUGGCAAUCUACACAACAUGAGCAUGUGGAUUUACCUGAUAAUUUCUGUUGAUGAGAUUACAUGGAUGCCAUAAACAGACUGUACUGAUAAAAUCUCCCUGCUGAUUAGACUAAAUUUGAUUCUUUCCUUGAAUUAAUAAAAUGUCGAAACAUGAAUAAUGGGCUCCUUGCCUCCUCGGUUUACUUUAGAUCCUUCUGCUUUGUGCUGUAUAGGAUGUCUUCUUUCAGACAGCCUUUGGAUCAUUGAAAGUAUUUGUAUAAUGUUGCUGUGUAACAUGGAAAGUUUUAUCUAACAGAAACUGAUGUUAUGAGGCUGGAUUUAAAUGCGCUGUUGCUUUGUCUCUUGUCUUGCAAAUAUUCCCUGUACGGGUUUUGAAGUUAUAAUAUUAUACUGAUUGAUGU